UCUACUUUAGAAAAAAAGAGAGGAAGAAAGGAUGUCUUCGGAAGAUAGGCAAGAACUUGACGCUAGGGCAAGGCAAGGAGAGACUGUUGUCCCUGGUGGUACCGGAGGAAAGAGUCUUGAAGCUCAGGAACAUCUUGCUGAGGGGCGUAGCCGAGGAGGACAAACAAGGAAGGAACAGCUAGGUACUGAAGGGUACCAGGAGAUGGGAAGGAAAGGUGGACUCAGCACCAUGGAUCAGUCUGGUGGAGAGCGUGCAGAAGAGGAAGGUGUUGAUAUUGACGAGUCUAAGUACCGUACUCGAAGCCAGACCAACUAG